UUCUCUCUCUUUCUCUCUCUCUCUCUCUCUCUCUCUCUCUCUCUCUCUCUCUCUCUCUCUCUCUAACUCUUAACUCAGUCGCUUGUGAAAGCAAAGCAAUUCCACAACUCUCUCUCUCUCUCUCUCAUACAACUCGCUGCGACUCAGUCGCUCUCAGGGAAGAAGAAGAAGAAGGUGGAGGAGGAGGAGGAACUGCUGAAGAGAGAAGAAACUAGGGUUAGUUAGAGAGAGAGGUGGGGAGAGAACUUGGUUUACAUGUGAUAAUGGAAGGAAGUGAUCACGACCAACAUCACGACCAGUACCACCACCACCACCACCACCAACACCGGCGACACAACUUCCCCUUCCAAUUGCUCGAGAAGAAGGAAGACGAACAACCCUGCUCCACCGCCAACUAUCCCUCCCUCGCCAUGUCCUCCGACGACGCCCCCCCAAACCCUAACCGCUCGUCCUCCACCUCGAACAGCCUCCAGAUCGUCUCCGCCGAGGAUCAACAGCAGCAGCAGCAGCCGCUGGGGGUGCCAGCUGCCAAGAAGCCCCCGCCGAAGCGGACCUCGACCAAGGACCGACACACGAAGGUCGACGGCCGGGGGAGGCGCAUCCGCAUGCCAGCCCUCUGCGCCGCCAGGGUCUUCCAGCUCACCCGCGAGCUCGGCCACAAGUCCGACGGGGAGACCAUCGAGUGGCUCCUUCAGCAGGCAGAGCCCGCCGUGAUCGCCGCCACCGGUACGGGUACCAUCCCGGCCAACUUCACUUCCCUUAACAUCUCGCUCCGCAGCUCCGGGUCAAGCAUGUCGGUUCCGUCACAGCUCCGAUCGACUUACUUCAGCCCCAACUUCUCGCUCCCGCCUCAGCGCCGGGGCAACACCUCCUUGUUCCCCGGGAUCGGGCUGUCGCAUGAGCCGACGCCGACGCUGCUCAAUUUCCAGGGCUCCUCGAGCAAUUUGAGCUCGAUGCUGUUUCAGGCCAAGCAGGAGCUUCGAGAAGCUUCGAAUUUGGAGCUAUCAGAGAGCGCCGAUCACGAGGGCAUGAGCAAGAAGCGAAGGCCCGAUGAGCUUGAUCUGUCGACCAAUUCUCAGCCUCAGACUCAUCCUCAGUCGCACGUCGGGAGCUACCUGUUGCAGUCUAGCUCCGGAGUCCUGCCGGCGAGCCACGGGAAUCUCCCGGCGAACUUCUGGAUGGUAACGAACCCGAGCAACCAGGUCAUGAGCGGCGAUCCGGUGUGGACGUUCCCGGCCUCGGUCAGCAAUAACGCCGCCUUGUACCGAGGCACCAUGUCCAGCGGCCUGCAUUUCAUGAACUUCCCCGCACCCAUGGCCCUGUUACCAGGUCAGCAUUUGGGCUCGGCUGCCCACGGAGGCCGCGCCGCCGCCGCCACCGAGGGGCAAUUCAACAUGCUCAGCGGGCUAAGCCCAUACCGGCCCGUAUCGAGCGCCGGCGUGUCAGAAUCCCCGGCAAGCGGUUCUCAUUCGCACCACGGCGGCGCGGCGGCGGAGGCGGCAACGACGACCGGCAGCCACCAUUCCCAGAUCCCGGAGGCGAUUAGUUUGGUGGGGGGCUAGUUUGAUUGAUGUGUUGUACACACGUGAGGUUUUUUUGGGUUGUCGUUAAUUGGAUGAGCUUCUUCUUUUUUUUUUUUUUUU